CGUGCGGACAUCGGCAGAGGUAUAGAGUGGUCUGUAGUACGUAAUUAACCAAGAGGAGAGUCAAAAAUUAAUAACGUCGCGUAGACGUCGAAGGUGAACACACAUUUAAAAGUCCAAAAACAAACCCAACGGUGGCAAAUUGUAAUAGAACCACUAAGCAUAUCGCCCUGACAAACAACAAAAACAAGGAAAGCAAAGCCUACACACGGGCGUAGGCGUCUGGCCAACAGCUGUUUUUCCUGCGCUCUCCGUAUUCAGCAAACUCACAGCGCUUACAAACGUUGGCAGAGCCAAAGGCAGAGACUGGGCAGCGGCAGCAGCGAAACUUACAUUCAGUUCAGAUCGCGUUUUUCUUCGGAGUGGAUGAGACGUUCGUUCGGCAGUUCUAUUGCUCAUAGAACUAACAAAUUACCUACUCCGCGAACUCACCCCCGCGAAAACAAAAAGAACAGAACAUAACCGAAUGAAAAGACAAAAGUAGCUAAGAACCAACGGUUAAGUUAGCCAGCGACAACGGGCAAAAAGACUGAAAACACACGUGGAUUGUUCACUCACCCCGACACGCGCAUCCACUCGCACUCACACUCAUCCAGCAGCUCCAACUGUUCGCUGCAUUUAUGUAAAACCAAACAAAGACUGAUUAAACCGCUAAUAAAUAUACAAUAAACGUAACGAAACAAAGUUAAACACGCGAACAGCAGCUAAUAUUAUACGGGUUAAAGCGAAUUCCAAAGCAAAGCAAACACACAUAUGGAUUAAGGUUCCUCCUAUCUCAAAACAAAAAAACAAAAACAACAACCAACUCACGGAUUACCUGCUGCGGCAAUUUACCGUUAGCCGCUCUUUUUGGAUUACCAGUGCCAAUAAAACCACAAAAGUGAAUUUUUUCGAAAGUGAAGAAAGCGAAAAACGCACCCAAAAUGCUAAAAAUCUAAAUCAAAGUAAAUAAGCAAACCAAAAGCGAAUUCUGUGUUACCGAAACGAGAGCAUAAGCUAAAAGAGCCCCUGAAAACAGCAAUGACGAUGGCCGCCUGUUAUGCCAACUACGACAUGUCGUCCCUGUCGCACGGCAUGUCGGCCCUGUCCGCCCUGCAGCACCAACAGCAGCAGCAGCAGCAGCAGCAACCACAACAGCACAGCCAGACGCAGCAACAGCAUCAUCACCAGCAGCAGCAGCAACAUAUGUACCACGCCGCCGUAGCUGCCCACCAGCAGCAGUUGCUGCAGCAGCAGCAACACCACCGCCAUCACCACCAGCCCGCCAACACCAACACCAGCAGCAACUCGCGCCACAGCCAUGCGGCGGCGACCCAAACGCAGGUCGCCGCCGCCGUUGCCAACAGUAGACAACAACAACAGCAACACCAGCAGCAGCAACAGACUGCAAGCAGCAACAGCAACGCAGCGCCCGCUCCAUCUUCGCAGAAGGACUACAGCAUCCCGCUUCACGUAGACUGUAGCGUGGAGUACGAGCUGCCCAACCAGCCCAAGCCGCCGGCGGGCCAGAGGGUGGAGCCUCUGCUGAUGAUCCACCCGUGCUAUUUCCGCAAGAUGGAGUCGCAGCGACGCAGUCCGUUCGUAAACAACAUGCAUGCGACCGCGCGGGCGGUGAGCAGCAGCUCGUUGAGCAGCGGAGCGGCUCUGGGCGGAGGCGGAAGCGGUACCGCGGUAGCCACGGCGCCCAGCAGUAGUGCCGCGCGACGUGGAGCUCGGGCGGCCACAAGCGCCCAGCAGCAACAACAGCAGCAACGAUACCAACAGCAACAGCAGCAAUUGCGACAGCAGCACCAGCAGAUGUCGCAGAUGUCGCAGCAGGCCCACUAUCCGCAGCAACAGUCUAGUCUGGUCCGCCAGCAACAGCAGCACCACCAGCAGCAGCAACAACAGCAGCAGCAGCAACGUGCCAGCAGCAACCAAAGCCAACGCCAAAGCCAAAGUCAGAGCCAGAGCCAUGCAGUUAACUCAGCGGCAGCAGCUGCGGCCCAGGCCUCGAUAGCCGCCGCAGCCGCCGGCCAGUGGGAUCAGCUGGCGGCUGCCCUGGCCGCCCGCACCGCCCUUACGCCCCACCACAUUCUGCACCCCCACAGCCAGUAUGCAGCCAAGGGCAGUGGUGGCGGUGCAGGGGGCGGCAAGCGGGACGCCAUGAUCUCCGGCAGCUACGGACAGACGGCGGUCGCCUCGGGGAAACUGCAGCAGUCGCAGGUGCAGCAGCAACAGCAACACUGCUUGCCUCCGCCGCCAUGGGACGCGACGUCCAUGCUGAUGGACCGCUCGCCGAUGGCCACAGUUCCUAGCAAUUAUCAGGCCGGCCCUGACACCAAUCCCAUGCGCCUCUACUCGGCCACGCCCACAUCCGGAGCGGCCUCGGUUGGGUCGGCGUCGGUGGGCGGAGGCGGAGCGGUGAGCGGUGCGGGAGCGACGGGAGCAGUGAACACGGCCACCGACAAGUUGAGCGGAAAGUACCGCCAGUACUUACGGUCUCAGCGGAUGCACCCGUACGCGGCGGCCGCCUCGCUCAACUUGGCAGCCGCCGCCGCUGCCGCCGGACAGACCUCGUUUGUGCCGUUCAGCUCGGCGGCCACGGCGGUGGCGGCCACGCCCACAUUCCAGCACCUGCCGCAGAUCUCCUGCUACAACGUGUGAUGCAGCACCAGCAGCAGCAACCAGGACAAUGCAACAUCAGCAGCAGCAACAGCAAAAAGCCACUUGCAACACAUGAGACAGGCGCCUACCAAGUACGCGUCGAUGAAAUAGCCGCCUCAAGGAAUAACCAAUAGAUCCUCCCCUAAACAGUACUAUAUAUACCCCUCAAAGCUUUUAGAAUCAAAAGUAAUUAACUCUAAAAAUAUUAAGAGAUGAAAUUAAAUUCUGUCUAGCUGCUAUGAGAAAUUGUUGUCCGACGGUAAGAAAAGAGGAAAUGAGCGAUCUUUUUUUCUUUUAGUAAUGGUAGUAAUUGAUAAACGAUACAAAAACAAACAACAAAAAAAUGCAAACUAUUGUAGUGAUAUUUGUUAUAAAAUAAUUUUAGUAAUUAAUUUAAUUUAAAUUAAACAACCAACAAGAAACAACAGCAACCGCUCUGUGUAAACCAACAACUUAAACAAUAACAACUGCAACAACAACAAAAAAAAAAACGGCAAAAACAUCCAACCAAAUUGCUAAAAGUUAAACAUACGCAUAUUUAAUUAAAAAUCAACAAAAUGUUAUAACAACCAUUUACCGAAAGAAUACGAAAAUAUAAAAGCAAAAAUUAUUACCGAACAAUGAAGAGAGGAGAGUAAAGCAGAAAAAGCAACAGAAAAAAUACGAAUAAAAAUUAUUCAAAAUUAUGCAACGUAAUUUGAAGCGAGAUAUGCAAAAAUUAAGAAAAUUGUGUUUUCAAUUAAAGUAGAGAGCGAGAGAAAAGCAUAGUUCAAGUGAUUUGGCUGCGGCGAAGAAAACUCUUCUUGCCGUCGGCUUUUGUGGCCAACUUUUCACACUUCCCACCAGCGAGACUCCUCAGUUUCAGUUUCGCUGUUCCCUCAUUCUGCUCCACCUCAUGGUUUCCUCCUCUGCGGUGAGCCGUGAUUGAUUAUUGUCAUUGAUGGAGGACCAGGCAGCGGGUUGGGGUGACCUCGGCGCACAGGGGUCCCUCGCUAAUGGGAAACCGUUGGGCUGAGACGAAUUUUGAAAUUUAUCAGCAGACAUUGCUGUGUCUGUGUAUGUGGGUAAUAAUGGGAUUCGGACGCAACGCCGUACUCACUCUGAAAAUAUUGAACUUAGAUCAAAGUAGAGAUAUGUGUGAUAAUAAGGACCAAAUCUGGCUACACAAUUCGAAAUCGAAAAAUGAUCUUUUCCACUUUAUAGUUAUUCCACGACGCCGGUUUAUUGCGCUUGAUCGCCUUUGUAUUCGAUAGGAGGCUAAGGUAUGAGCUGGGAAAUUCUUGUUUUCGCCAUCAGCAGAACCUUUAGGAUCCACUGUACUUAAUUUCAGACAACACCAUUCUCCAAGUUCAUUUAUUACAGCGGUAUAAUCAAACUAUAAUUACUGUGGCUCUGGUUGAAGUUCCCCGCCUUCCCCCAUAAAUCAGUGCUUACGGCUCCACAUUUUGUCUUUGUUGCGAGGUAAAAACGCAAAAAACUCGAAUGGUUUCGAGUUGCCAGGAAACGCGAGAUGCUAUUAGUUGAAUUUGUUUUACCUUAAUUUUUAUAUUGAUUGCACUCCGAAGCGAUUGGAACGGUUCCAUGGAAGUUUCUUGGUUCCGGAAAGCAAAAAACGGAUUAAUUUAUGCAUGGGCAGGGAAACCCGCUGAGGAGUCAGCGCGGCAAUCGUUGAAUUUAUUAAGCGGAAAAAGAGUUUUCAACUUUAACGAACGACAUCAUCUGCCGGGGGACCAGCACUGACUCAUCUAACCGCUUUUGGCUGCCCUACAUCCAAACAAGUCUUACUCUACUGCACGACCGACCAUGCGGUUGCAAUCCACUCGAGAUUCUACAUAGACCCAUAGACGUCAGACCCAAUCGGAGCACGACGAAACCAUUGGGUAAAUAGCCAGACCACAUGUUAAUUCAUACCUCGCCUCAGUUACAAGCCAUUUCCUUUGGUUUCUUAGGACCAUUAUUUUAUUUUAUAGGUGCGCACCACUUUGUAGUUAUCUGCCGUAAUUAUAACAACUGAAUUCGGAUUCAGUAAUACUCAUAUUUUAAUUUCGCCAUCCUUCUUCGAAACCCAUCCAACAGCAUCUGGUACAAGAAACCUUACACAUCACUCUCCACUGGCCACAAGACCCGUCUAUCAGCACUUUCCGUAGAAAGUAAUCUCGUUUGCACGCGUAAUCUAAACAAGGCAUCGCUUCCUGAAUGGUACCGCACUCUCCGCGGGAUUCAUCUAUUCAUUUAUUCAAUUCAUAUUAAAUUGGUCGUAGAUUAGAGACGGAAAAUAUUUCAAUUGCCGCCGGCGGCAUUCACACAAGUGUAAUUAAAAUAUAUUAGAGAUCGCUUCUCCAGCUGACAGCGUCGGUUUCAUUUGUUUGUUUUCAUUUCGUUUGAGCAAUCAACUAUCAGCUGCUGGGGCCAUUUGCAUGCGGCUGUGAUCUGGGAGAGUGAUGGCCGCUCUAACCUCUCCACCUCACCGACCCAAUUCGAAUGCGAGGUCAUCGCCAUUGUCGUCACUAAUCCGCCCCGUUGCCGCGUUGGGCAGGUACCGCUCUGCUCGUCUCGUAUUGUCUCGUCUCGUCUCGUCUCGUCUGGCAUUACUAAGCUGCACUUUGGUUUCGCACUCGCAUCUAAUUUAAUUACUGUUCCAUGUGUGGGCAUCGCAGAUAAUGACCGGUUGCUUGAGUGCCAAACUUGAGUGCUUUCGUUACUCGACACAUUUCCCCUGAAAUGAAAAUGAGCUCCGUUAUCAAGUGGUUAUUUCGAGGGUUGCUAUUUUUGUGGAUUAUCUUACUGUAGGGAUUGUGGUACCCGCCAAUCGCUUAGAUUUCCCUUUGUUUUUAACAAAGACGGACGACACCUACAACAAGGUUAUAAAAGGGCAUACUUUAUUAGUGUCAAUUUAAAUUGGUAAUACGGGCUUUCUGUAUUGCAAUUGCAUGCACUAAUUACAUGGGGACACUUGGACUCGCAAAAGCAGUGUUAUAGUCGACAGCCUCGACUUCCUUAUCAGCAAUUCCCACAUAAAGAUUUAAUUAGAACUUAAAAAACAAUUCAAAUGAAUUCCACCUAGGAGUUAGCAGGUCGCUGUGACUCAAUUGUUUCGUCGCUGUCAAACAUGAGUUCCGAUGUCCAUAUUCGAUUAGCCGAUUAGUCUAACUGAAUGCAGACCUUAUGGAGUGGGGUAGCUUAACUAAAAGGUUUUCUCUUCUAAUUGACUUUAUUUGGAAGUGUUUUUUGCAGUCGAGUGCCAUUUAAAAGUCAUUAACGGAUAAAUAAACCCAAUAAUGGCCGGCAAUGCAAACAAAAAGCAGAGUAAUACAUAAACCGAAGCGGCAGAGGAAAAACAUGCAAAUAAAAGGCAUGAAAUAACAGAAUCACCCAGUUGCAAGAGUGGUUUAUUUUUAAAUUCCACUCGUACUGCUACAUCAAAUUAAGCAAACUGCUCGAACUGAAAUGACGCAAAGCGCAUCAAACGAAGUCCACGCCGGGCAUAAACAGGGUAACCCAAUACCAAGUGGAAGCGGCGUCGACGGUUCUCAAGCGCCGAAAAUAAAUAUAAAAUAAUUCGAGGCAGAAACACAUCGUCGGAAGCUGUCUAACCAGACAUUGCCUGUGGGCGGGGGCCCUAGUGGGCGUGACGACCGUGGCAGGGGGCUGAGUGGCAGCCACAAAAGUAGCAGAAAAUGUAAAAAUGUGAGCGGAGGACACACUCGUUGAGGCUGGUCAUAAAGCUGAUAGAAUGGAGGAGACUCCACUCCCAGACUUCAGACAUCGGAUGCCUCGCUUCGGAGACCCCGACUCAGAUUUCAAGCCCAGGAAACUGGUUUUGUCGUCAUCGCGUUUAUGCCUCGUCGUUUUGCUCGAUUUUUUUUGGGUCAAACUCAAUCUGCUGCCAAGCGCGCUACAUCAUUUCUGACAUAAUUAAAACAUUUUUAGCGGACAGACGCAGAAAGAGCACAAAAAUACAGAACAAAGGCAUUUAAAAAUUGUCUAGGCUUUUCGUAAUGAUCAUGCCUGUUUGGCUGCGCGGUAAUAGCUACAGCCAUAGUUUUAAGUGUAAAAGUAAAUACAUACCUAUUUAUGCCAAAUGAUGGACCGCAGGAUACGACCUGGGCUGGACCGCCAGCGACAGUAUUAAUAAGCUUUAAUUAAAAAAUAUAACAGAUCAAAAUAAAACGAAUGCAAAUAUAUGUAUUAAAUUGUCAGGCGGUAGCUGUAACUAACUAAUUAUCAUCAUUUAUAUGCAUGAAUGCGCAACACGGAGUGGGAUAGACGGCGGGAUUUGGCUUUAAAUAAAUUAAAAAAAUUAAUGAUUAAUUAAUGAUUAAUUAAUGGCACUUAAUUAAACCCCUCUCUCUCCACUCACUUCCCCCUGUGCGAGGACGACUACAAGCCAAAAUGCGAUUUUAUACAAAUUGUUCUGCGCGGAAAAAUGCAAAUGCCAAACCCAAAAACAGCUUGCUAGACUAUAAAUAAUUAAGCUCACAAAAUGGGAAUUUCGAAUUUUUUCCAUCCCCGCUUAGCUAGUAGGUAGAUUUUAGCUCUAUUGCGCUGAGUCAGCGGACUGGAUGAUGUCAAAAGCGAUUUGUCAUUGAUUUCUAAUUCCACAUUAUAGAGGCAUUUGGCCUAUGGCUCACAUAAUCCCGCUUAAACUUAAGCGCAAUUGUGAAAGCUUUUGGCUGGCCCAGAAGCAGCUAAAAACUCAUUGCGAGCCGCAGCCAAAACACUUGACCGCCUUGGAACUUGCCAAGAGAGUAGAAGGAGGCAAUUGGCAACGGAGAGGAAGGUCAAAUGGCUUUCAAAAGGCCUACGAAACACGAAAGCCAACUUAAACUACAAACUUUAGACUCGGCCAAGCGACAAACAAACAUGACAACGUGUAAAACUAGUUAGCUAGCGCAAAAUAUCUAAAAAUAAACAACUAAAAAGCACUUACACACAGAAAACAAUUAAAAGCAUUAACGCUUAUAGUAGCCUUAGAGCAGCGCCCAAUCGGUACAGUGCGUUUCAAGGCUGUAGGGGAGUUUUACUGGCCGUCAAUUUCUGGAAGUUUAAAGUAAAACACACCUACAGCAAUCAGCCUCACGAUACAUACUUUAUAUACUCUGUAAUUAAAUUAUACGUUUUCUUUUCAUUUCAAAACGCACAGCUCCGCCUUGAUUUGAGCGGUACAUAAGGAAAACAAUUAGGUAAAACCAACUCGAAAAACAAUGUAACAGUUGAAACUAUGAAUUAGAUGGCAAGCCUCGUUGGCGCAGAUUAAGAUUGUACAUAUAGGGGGGAGGGGUUCGGACGUUCGGAAGAAGCCAUUCGACGUGUCUGGGUAGUUAAACUUCACUCGAAACUGGGUCUCAGACGAGACACGAACAGACCUCAAUAAAUGGUGAAUGAACUGCCAUCACACACGUACGAAUUGCAUUAUAUAUUUAACUACACUAAGUACAUCAACUUGCAUUAGCCAACCGUAUUGUGACUUAAAACAAACAAAAUCCAAAACAAAAAGCCAGCGAGAAAUUAGCCAGCUAAACAUAUUGAUACAAAGAUAUACAUACUAUAUAGCAUACCAUAUUCGCCUGUGCCGUUACGUAACCACUAUCUAGGCCAUCAGAAAAUUAAAUAUGUUUCGAAAUAAAUAUGCAAUACAUCCGAUAUUUGGUGGGGAUGGCUAGCCGUAGCUGCAAAAUCUGAUUACAUCUGAAUGUGAAGCGAAAACAGCUUUCAGCAGUUGGGUGCUGAUUUAACAUUUUAUGAUUUCGAGCGUGAAAAUCGAAAAUGAAACCAUCCAGAUAUAGAUCUAUAUUUAUUCUGCUGUGAACACAACUAUUUGCCCCUUUUCCACUUUAUUCACUGGAAGUCCCCACUAUCUGUUCAGCAUUUCCGCUGCUUUUAAAUAAAUAUAUAUAAUCUGGCCAAACUGCCAAGACAUCGACUUUCCAGGCCAGGCAAAUCGCACCUGCUGAAUUGCUGUCCGGAGUUAGUUACAGAACAAUUCCAUGGCAUUAUGAUCGGCCGGAUAAAUUGUCUCAGUUUUCGCCUUGCGUGUUUAGAUAUUUAAUGAGCAACCAUUAUUGUUUCCAUUUCCCGGCAGGUGUCAUACAUAUGUGUGUUUCAAUGUGAUAGUAGUUUUAUUCAUAAAUAUUGCGCAUCGUACUUUGAACGAUGUACGAAAUCAACUACAUACAAGAUGACUAGGCCCUUUUUUUGCACAAUACACACCUCGCUAGCUUAAAAUUUGUAUUAUUUAAGAUAUUUUUUUAGGAAUCCAAACAACUCACAUAGCCUUUAAUAGAUAUUAACAUUUCAGUUCUGAUUGAGCCAAACAAAUUUCAUGUAAAUUAUUUAAAUCCCCUAUCAAAUGGAAAACCCAAAAAACCACUUAGAAAUAUAAUAUAGCGAUGUAAAGCAGUAGAAGAGCAAUAAAUUUGUAGCAUAUUAUGGAUAUAAAGGAAUUAUAAUACUGGGCUGCAUGCGUAAGCAAACCCCAAAGAACAACUGAACCGAACACAAUAAAAAUGCAAAUUAAUUGAAUAUUAAUUUGAGCAACUUGAAUAAA